GCCGCGGCGCGUACUCGCCGAUUGGUUGCAACUGUAUGACGGCGCUAGGUAGAAGGUCGCUGAUUGGCUGGAGGGCACUAGACGCCCGAGAGCGCCAGAAAAGAAGCUUGAGCGGGUGAUGUCGAGGUUUAGCUCGGGACAGAACCGUCGGGAGUCUGACCGUAGCAGAGCCGUAGAAGAACCGCCCGCUUAUUUCUAGGAGGGAAAACAGACAGACUCGAACCCUGGACUAACAUCGAACCAACAAGAGUGUGACACGAGAUCAACAGCACAGCAUUACAGUCGUUCCCACGUAGAUCACGUGGCAGUUCUCACUCAUGGAAGUCGAAUGUCUCGCAUUAAAAGACCUCACGAGUCCAAGGAAAAGUUUGAGUGUGGGGGCAGAAGAGGAGGAGGAGGAUGAAGGGCAGACGGAACAAAAGGAAAACCUGUGCCUGGACUGGAGGACCCCCCCCCUGAAGUCCACAGAGUCCUCCGUCGCUCCGAUGCUCAUCAACAGAAAAGGUUCCACCCCCGUCGUGGACCAGGUGACACCCAUCAAACACAGCGUCCUGGCCGAGCCCUGGUCUCCGACGGCCAACCUGAAGAUGUUGAUCAGUGCUGCCAGUCCAGACAUCAGGGACCGUGAGAUGAAGAAGGUUCUUUUCAGACCCAUAGAGAACGACAAGGACAUAGAGGUCGCUGCUGAGGCCACGAAGGCGGGGGCGGUUCACGACGACGACGGAGGGGAAGCUGACACCGGCAACGCCGGGGGCAACAGGAAAGACAAAUCUCUCCGCAUCAUGAGUCAGAAGUUUGUCAUGCUGUUCCUGGUGUCCAGAACUCUGACCGUUACUCUGGACGCAGCCGCCAAGAUCCUGAUCGAUGAGAGUCAGGACUCGUCAAGUCACAGCAAAUACAAAACUAAAGUGCGUCGACUGUACGACAUCGCCAACGUCCUGACCAGCCUGGGCCUCAUAAAGAAGGUUCAUGUCCGCGAGGAGAAGGGCCGGAAGCCGGCCUUCAGGUGGCUUGGACCAGUGGAGUUCAACAACCAGGGAAAUCCUGCCAUCGCUGCACAGCCAAUGACGGACAGAACCACGGGUCAAAAGGUCAAAAUGACACGUCACUCCUCCUUCAACAUCACCCCCACGUCGGCCGCCGUCCUCCGUCAGGUCUACUCUGCUCCCAGCAGCCCACGCAGAGACACCCCAGCAGUGACCACUGACCCAGCAGAGCUUCACAGAAGGACCACCACCAACAGUGCAGUCUGUAGACUUCAGUUUGGAGCCAGCCCAGACAGCAGCGGCAGGCAGCGACCUUUGACCUCCGCCCCCUCCCCACACUGCCUGGCCUACCUGACUAGUCUGUCCCAGCCCUCUGUGGUCAUGCUCUACGGGUCGUUUGACCAGCCGCCUGAAGGUCAGAGGUCACCCAGGCUGGAGGGUGAGGAGGUGAGGAAGAGGAAAAGAGAAGAGACGCUGGAGGAAGAACAAGGAGCGCUGGGAAAAAAGAGGGCGGAGCAUGAAAAGAUAAUAUCGACACCUAGUGGAGAUACAGAGGACUGUUCUUGUACUGAUGCCACCAAGAUUUCAACCAAUCACUCAGAAGGACGGCCCCCAGGUCUACAGCCAACCAGCAGUGACCACAGCAGAGACCUCCUCCAGCCGUCACCCUACCUCUACCUGCCAAACAACACCGGUUUGAACAGCCUCAACUUCUUCCUCCCGUCCAACCACCCCCCGACCUCGGCCGUCCCCACCAUGGCUCUGUCCUACGUCCUGGUUCCGUCGGCCGCCCUCUCCCACUACCCACUGGUCACCGGUGGUCACCGGCAGCAGGGACCAGAGGCCCACGCCAAACUCGGCUUCAGUCUGCCCACGACCGCGUCCUCCGGCCACUGUGGGGCAGCACCGUUCACCCUGGUGUCAUCAGACUACGGCUGGUCGCCACGUCCGUCCCAGUCCAGCCCAGACGUGGGCGGCCAGUGUGGGCCACCCACUGGGCCACAGCAGGUCAACAACAGCAGAGUGGAAACACAGACACCACAGACUCCCAAGGACACCACAGCUUCCAUGUCCAGGUCUUUCUUCCAGACUCCAGGCACUCUUGAAGGUGGAGUCAAUACUGCGACACCUGCUGGACGAAAAAGAGGCUCGGCGCAGCGGAGACUGGACGUGGGACACCCCCCCGUGGACUAAACCUGUGCAGAAGUGGAGACGAUGACCGUCCAGACGUUUGUCCUCAGGAUGGAAACCAAAUCUCUUCACUUUUUAUUUGGCCGUUAAAGUCAUUACAUUUGUUUUAAAGUAUUUAUAGACAAAAAGACAACAGUUUCUGACGUCACGGUAAAGAGUUUCGUAUUUUCCUAACGGUGUUUUAUUUUUUAGAAUCGAACUCUUCCUCCGGAUGUGACGUUAAAAUCCACCCUUUGGUUUUAAUGCUGCACUUAAAACGAGUGAAGUAGUGUUGCCAAGUCAAAGGCGCCCUCCUGUGGCGACAUUGGGCCACUUCAGUUUUAUUCAGGUGUGACCCAGUUCUCUGGUCCGCCUCUUAUUUAUGUCUUAUCUAAUAUAUCGUGAUGACUUGAACCACUCCGUCUUUUUAAAGCACUAAAUAUUUAAAUGUACAUUUGGUUUCAAGGUCGUCGUCUUUAGUCUUUCUUCGGUUUAGCAUUCAACAGAUGAACUAACAGGAGCUCACCUGAGGGGGGCGUCCUUAAAGCCGUCAAUGUUUACAGCCCAUAGACUGAGAAUUUACCACUGUGGACUCUAUGGUUCUGACGCCAAAACCCGGUCCAGCUCUGGUGCUGGUAAACUAAAAACCCUGGUCAGCUGGGGCAGAGCUGUGAGGUACUUGAAUACUUGAGUUUACGAGGAGAUGAUGUCAAAGUACUGUAAAGACUGUAAACACGCAGUUUAUCCUGAAAAUGUAAACGAAGCGUAUGAAUGUGUCAGAUUAUUUUUGUCUCCUUAAAAACAUUCACCAUUGGUGCAUUUGUAAAAACGUGCCUUGCUUAAAGGCAACUUAUUUUUAUUUAGGUCGUGCAGGGACUUUGUUGGACAAUCCUCUGGUAACAGACCCACUAACCCACUUGCAGGAAACUGUCACACCAAAGGUCCGCGGUGACAGCGAUGUUUACGGCAACACUUUUUUCAAUGGAUUCAUAUGGAUGCCAUGUAGAUGAUGGUUUUGAAAAAAUAA